AUGAGUAAAACCAAGAACAAAAGCGACAAUAAGACGGAAAAAGCUUUGGCUGCGGAGAAAGAGCAGUUUGCUAAACAACAGCUCCACAACAUCAGCAAAACCCUGGUCUCCGGUGAAACACCACCCAAAGAGAAAUAUGUGCGAAGUAUCAUCCUGGGAACCCAUAAGGAGGGCGGAGCCACCACCUUCUGGUCCUACACCCUCAACCUGCCGCUGUCCAGCAACUCCAUGAUCAGCUGGAAGUUCUGCUACCUGCUGCACAAAGUGCUCCGCGGACACAGAAAUAGUGUCAGAGAUUCUCACCGAUACUGCAGAAACGUUAAAGACAUGGGCAUUCUCUGGGGAAACUUACACGAUCGAUACGGCCACAUUGUUGCCUUGUCUGCCAAGUUCCUCUGCAUCAAAAUGGAAUUUCAUGCAAAGCAUAAGACGAUCCCAGGCAACCUGGAGGCCAGCGACGAGACUUUGGACAGGGAGGCGGGAAACGACGUGACCAACUUGUUAGAUAUGACACAGGAACUGAUGGAUUACUGGGACGCUGGGCUGAAGAUGGAGGACACGGUUCUGCGUCAGCUGGACGUUAACGGAGCCACAUCUACGACUCCGGCCGGUCAGUGCAGACUGACUCCUCUGAUUCCUCUCAUACUGGACUGCAGCUUCCUCUACCACUUCUCCGUCCUGCUGAUGUUCAAACUUCACAGCCGCAUUGGUCCGGAUGUUCUUCUUGGACAUCGAGAGCGGUUCCGUGAUCUAUUUAACAGCCUCACUCAGUUCUUCGACCGAGCCCGAGAAAUGGAGUUCUUUAAGAGUAUCAUCCAGAUCCCAGAUCUCCCUGAUGCUCCUCCAAACUUCCUCCGUGCCGCUGCUUUGGGUGAAUACAAAAGGCCGGUGGUGGUGAUGCCCAACGAGGAGCGACAUGACGAAGAGGAGGUGGAGACGCAGCCAGAGUUCAGAGUAGCAUCACAGACGCCACAGUACUAUUCAGUGGAGCAGAGGGGGUCCGAGAACGAGAGUCUGAAGAGAGAGCUGGAGGUUCUCAAACCAGAACUGCAGCUCUUAAGGACCGAGGCUCAGAGGUGCGUCACGGAGCUGAAGUCUCAGGUGAAUCGACUGGAGGCCGAGGUGGAGGAGCAUCGCGGCCACAAACAGAUGGCCAUGAUGGAGAAGGAGCACCUGAGGAUGGAGGUGGAGGCUCUGAGGUGCAACAGCGUGGCCAACGCCGGAGCUCAGAUCGGAUUCAAGGAGGCGGACAACAGAGCUCAGGCUGCUGAGAUCCGCUUCAAUCAACUCAAAGAGAGACACGCAGAGCUGAUCACCAGUCACGCCGACUUAAUGAAGAAGAACGCAGAAACAGUGAGGAUGCUGUCGGGUGCAAAACACAAUCAAGACGACUGGCUGAGAAUCAAACAGCAGCUGGAGAACGAGCUGGAAAACCUACGUCAGGAGAAAAGGAACACGAUGAAUCAGCAGCAGGAGGUUCAGCGUUUGAACAAAGAGCUGAUGGAUCAGAGAGCAGAGCUGGCUCACCUUCACAGCACUCUGAACAGUAAAGAGAUGGAGGGAUCUCAGGUGAGCAGCAGUCUGGCGGCGCUGCAGGCGGAGCGUGAUUUGCUGCUCCGCUCGUCCAGAGAGCGAGAGGUGGAGGUGUCCUCGCUGAGGCAGCAGGCCCAGCAGCAGCAGGGCUCCAUGGACCAGGAGAGAGACCGGCUCCUCCGAGAGCUGGAGGCUCUGAGGGCUCAGCUCCAGCAGCAGCUUGCCAUCAACGCUGAACAGAAGCUGGAGAUCGACAGACUGAGACGAGAGCUGGACUCAACACGGGCCGAGCUGAACCGAGCUAACGGAGCCCUGCAGAGCAAAGAAAUGAGCGGCACCCAGCUGAGCAGCUCUCUGGCAGGGCUGCAGGUGGAGAGGGAGGUGCUGCUGCGCUCCAUGAGGGACCAGGAGGCCGAGCUGAACGCCCUCAGGCAGCAAGCUCAGCUCCACCACACCUCCAUGGAGCAGGAGAGGCAGAGGAGCAGCAUGGAAGUGGGAAGCCUCCACGCUCAGCUACAGCAGCAGGCGUGCCGUGAAGAAGAGCUCUCCAAGAAGCUGCAGGAGGAGCAGUUCUGCCUGCUGCAGUGUGCCGUGGUGGAGGCCGAGGGCAUCAUACUGGACGCUGUGGCCAAACUGGACGACCCCAUACACGUCCGCUGCACCAGCUCACCUGAUUAUUUGGUGAAUCGAGCUGAAAUCACUCUGAGUGCUAUCGACAAAAUGCAGCAGAGCCACGUGGUUUAUCUGGGAAACAUGAACGAUGCCAGUGGUUUGUUGAGGACGGUCACUCAGUUCUCUCAUCUCGCUGCCGACACCAUCGUGAACGGAUCAGCAACAUCUCACUCCGCUCCCACCGACCAGGCCGACCGUUUGACUGACAGCUGUCGGGAUUGUGCGAAUCACUGCCUUCAGUACCUGAAGGAUCUGAAGCUUCAGGCCACUUUACCGAGAGCAGACCCCUCCGCCGUGCGCUACACCGUCCAGCGCAUCCUCACUUUGGGAAAGGAUCUGCGUCCUACAGGACAGGAUGUUCUAAAAGAAGAGCUGGGAGCGAUGGUGGACAAAGAGAUGAUCGCUACGUCCACUGCCAUCGAAGAGGCGGUGCUGAGAAUGGACGAGAUUCUGAAUCAAGCAAGGAGAGAAACUUCUGGCGUCAAGCUGGAGGUCAACCAGAGCAUCCUGGGAUCCUGUUCAGACCUGAUGAAGGCCGUUCACAUGUUGGUGAUGGCGUCUACUGACCUGCAGAAAGACAUUGUGGAAGGAGGCAGGGGAGCAGCGUCAGUCACUGAAUUUUACGCCAAAAACUCUCGCUGGACAGAAGGACUCAUCUCGGCCUCUAAAGCUGUCGGCUGGGGCGCCACUCAGCUGCUGGACUCAGCCGACCGGGUCGUUGGUGAAAAGGGAACCUACGAGGAGCUCAUCGCCUGUUCUCAUGAGAUCGCUGCGAGCACGGCUCAUCUAGUCGCCGCCUCUAAGGUGAAGGCCGACCGCGGCAACAAGAAGCUGUCAACGCUGAAGCAGGCGUCGCGUCACGUGAACGACAUGGCGGCCGUGGUCGUCACCUCCACCAAACACGGACAGCAGCAGAUCUCUGACCAAGGUGUGAUGGACUUCUCCAGCAUGUCUCUGAUCAAACUGAAAACAGAGGAGAUGGAAGCUCAGGUGAAGGUUCUGCAGCUGGAGAGCCAGCUGGAGCAGGAGCGAGUCCGUCUGGGGGAGCUGAGGAAGAGGCACUACGAGCUGGACGCCUCCGGGGACGUUGCCGUCGCCGCCGAUGACGCCGGUGGUGGAGACGACAGCUUCCCUCCGCCGCCUCCACCCACCCUGCUGGACUCCACCCCAGGACCUCAGGCCUUCUCACAGACGCAGCCGUACCUGAACACCCAGAGCUUUGCAUCGACCAAUCCCUUUGCUCCGGCUCAAACACAGCCUCAGUCCUUCACGCCGACAAACACCUACACCCCGUCUCAAACCUACACCCCUAUCCCAACUUCUACACCUUUACAAACCUACACCCCUAUCCCAACUUCUACACCUUUACAAACCUACACCCCUAUCCCAACUUCUACACCUUUACAAACCUACACACCAACCCAAACUUCCUCCCUUUCUCAGGCCUACACACCACCUCAAACCUACACCCCUUCCCAGACCUCCAUCCCAUCUCAAACCUUUACCCCGGCUCAAACCUACACCCCUUCUCAGACUUCCAUCCCGGCUCAAACCUAUACACCACCUCAAAUCUACACACCAAACCCCACCCAAACUUACCUAAAUCCUCAGACGUACUCGCUGACACCGCCCUCCACCGUCUCCCCGAGCCACUCCCGUCCUCAGUCACCAUCUCUCCCCCAGACGGCGCCGCAGAACAACACCGAGACCGUCAAACCGGCCUCCAGGAGAUCCAACAUCUUCACCAAAUCUGGAAACUUGCUGAAGAAUGCUUUCAAGCGAGGUGAAACUGGAACCGGGGAGUCUUGAAGCCCGACUGAACAGGAAUCUGAUAUAUUUUACUUAAAAAUCACUGAAAAUACAAAUAAUAUACUUAAAUAACUUAAAAUCACUCAUUUUUAAUCUAAUUUUA